UGUAGUCUCGCCGCCCUUCGGGCUGGUCCAGCAACCCGCAGGAUGUCGGAGGUUCGGCUGCCACCGCUGCGCGCCCUAGACGACUUUGUUUUGGGGUCUGCGCGUCUGGCGGCUCCUGAUCCAGGCGAUCCACAACGAUGGUGUCACCGCGUCAUCAACAAUCUUCUCUACUACCAAACCAAUUACCUUCUCUGCUUCGGCAUCAGUCUCGCUCUGGCCGGGUACAUUCGUCCACUGCACACCCUCCUGAGUGCACUGGUAGUGGUGGUGGCCCUCGGUGUGCUAGUGUGGGCUGCUGAAACCCGUGCAGCUGUGCGCCGCUGCCGUCGCAGCCACCCUGCUGCCUGCCUGGCUGCAGUGCUUGCCAUAAGCCUCCUCAUUGUCGGGGCCGUGGGCGGCGCUUUCACCUUCCUGCUCUGCAUCACAACCCCGGUGCUUUUGAUCCUGCUGCAUGCUUCACUGCGCCUGAGAAACCUUAAAAACAAGAUUGAGAACAAGAUCGAGAGCAUUGGUCUAAAGCGGACGCCAAUGGGGCUGCUCCUAGAGGCACUGGGACAAGAGCAGGAGGCUGGAUCCUAGGACCCUGGCAUCUACAUCCUGGAUCUAGACGGCCCCCCACCCCAUACCCAAUAUGGACCCUUUUCUCAGCCAUUAAAAUAGGAGCCUAGAGCCCUCUGGCCUGCAAAAAAUAAAAGACACCUGUGACUGCUUACUCCAACCCUAAACUAGUCAUCUCUUACCCCCCAGCCCGUUACCUAGGGACUAAAGUCUUCAGUCCUGAUUUUGAGACUCCGUAACCUACAUCGAGCCUUGAAACUGGGUUUUUUUAAGCCAGAGCAUCCAUAGCCAAUCUCAAAACUGGAUCAAGAGAUACUCCCCUAACCCCAGUCUGAGACUGGUCUUCCAUACUUCAAAGCUAGGGCUUGGGGCAGGACAUUCCCAACUCUUGAGCUCUAAACUAAGGAUUUUUCAGACCCUCCCCCAAUCUGGCUUAGAACCCAGGUUAAGACGUGGCCAAAUCUUGAGCUUAAAUCCCAAGUGUCCUCAGUCCUCACCCCAUUGAACCUAGAUGACCCUAACCCUCCCCAGACCAAAUAGCUUCCCUCCAACUCUAUGUAGAGGUUUUCUCCCGUCCCCACAAUGUUCCUAGUAUUGAGGACCAAGGUAUGGGGCUAGCUAGCAAUAGCCCCCGCUGGCAAUGGAGCACAUGUAUUAGUGUUCCUGCAACAAUAAAGCCGGUGAAUCUCAAGCUUG